AUGGAAUAUGACGAUGAGAAAAAUAAAGGAAGAACGACAGUGGCUUAUAAAGAUGUAAAAACCUACUACGAUGACAGGUUCCGAUAUCAAGAAAAUUAUAAGAAAUUUAACAUUUUAACUAUUCUACCGUUACCAGGUCGGAAUCCAAAUGACCUACUGGACAUUGACAUACGGUUCUAUCUGUAUCAGACUGAGAUUAAGCACGGAGUAAAUAUUAAAAAAAAAAAAGUAUUUACACAAGGUCUUAUCCCAAAGACAAUGCUCAUGUUGCCAAUGAUGACACUGAAAAACGUAAUGGUUACAUUCAUUAUUGGAAACAGUGAAAUGAAAUAUAGUCAAUACGAGAGAUCAGCAAUCCCUGUCGAUAGUGGAGGGACUGGGAUCCAAGGAACCAUUCCGGAAGAAGUAACCUAA